AAGUAAAUGAUCAAUCGAAGAAGAAGAGAGAAAUUUGACCAAAAAAAAAAAAACAAACACCAGAGGAAGAGUAGCUGAGAGCACCGGCAACGAUGGCUCUGCUGGGAGACGACGGUCGCGGUUACGAACUGGCGCGGAAGCUUGAAUCCUGCGGCGUCUGGCGAACCUGGCUCGGCGACUCCACCUACUCCAAUUUCGCUCCCUUCCUCUCUUCCCCUUCCGCUUGGGACUCCUUCAUCUCAACCGAUCCUUCCAAUUCUAGGGCUCACAUCCACCUUCAACUCCGCGUCCGCGCUCUCCUCUUCGACAAAGCCUCCUCCGCCACCACCACCACCACCACUUCUUCCUCCAUCUCCCUCCUCAACCCUUCCUUCCUCCGCUUGCACCCCGACGACCUCUACUUCACACUCGAUCAACCUCCCCCUAAGAAUCAAUCCAAAGCGUACCGGAACGACGAUUUGCCUGAAACCUGGUAUACUCAGGUCAUGGAGAGCUAUAAGGCGAACAAGAAGCUACUCGCCGGCGACCGAGAAUCCCCGAAACGCUCCCCGGUGGAGAUGGCUUCCUAUGUUAAGUACACCGCGAAUCAGAAAAAGAGGCGUCUCGCGUUUAGGGAAGGAAAUCAUGCUGCUGAUCAUGCCUCCACAAUGCAACCAAAUGGUGGUAAUUUUGUUGAUGAUAGCAAUGAUAAUGGUGAUGGUGAUGAGUCUGUUUUUCCUGAAGUAACAUUUAUGUGGAACUGUGUACCUGAGAGUGCACUUCCAAUGUCUAACAGGGUGGAGAUUAAUCCACAAAAGAUGAAGCUGUAUAGUAGUAUUCUUGAUACAUUGCCUCCUCUUAUGACGAGGAAUCCUGCUAUGAUCGAGAGGCUUGGGAUUAGGCCUGAGAUCAUUAGCGCCGAACAUGGGGGACCCUUGAAAUUCAGGCCUCAGUGGACCGGCAGAGUUCUUAGUCCGGAGCAAGGGACGAAGUUGUCUCAGAAGGUGGUGGCGCGGAUAUUGUUGGGGGUGGGAUUUGAAGCUUCCAUGGAAGGUCCGGUUGAGUACUUUGCUGAAGUGAUGAGCAAACGCAUUGUUAAAAUCGGUACCAAUCUGAAAGUGCUUACUGAUAGUUAUAAAAAACAGUGCUCCGCCAUUGAACUUCUUAAGAUGUUGCUUAAAACAGUGGGGUUUAGUAAUUUUGCCCCAUUAGUGGAUGUGGUUAAAGAUGGCUCCAAGAAUAUUGUACAGCAAAGUCAGCAACAAGUUCUCGGAAGUCAGAUGCAGAUGCAGCCACAACAGCAAAGUUCCGUUAGGCUACCUCGAGAGGUUCAGAUGAGACAGAUGCAACAAUUUUUGCAUUCCCGUAAUUUGGCUAUGCACCAGCAACAAUUGCAACAGCAGCAACAAUUGCAACAGCAGCAGCAAUUGCAACAGCAACAGCAGCAGCAGCAGCAGUUGCAACAACAGCAGCAGCAGCAGCAAUUGCAACAGCAGCAGCAGUUAGAGAGAUUGAGAACUCACCCAACGUCUACUCCCCGCGCUGCAAUGGAUAUAGAUAAGGAAAGACCAUUGGUUCAAGUCAAGAUUGAAAACCAAACAGAUUUACCAGUUGAUGGUAAUUCCUUCAAUACCAGACAUCCUCAAAUGCAGUUUAGGCAGCAGCAGAUGGCUGCAAUGUCAAGUUUCCAUCCUCAAUCUAGCAAUCAGUUCAGACAGAUGGCAAACCUACAGAUUCCUGCAAUGCAGUCGCCGAACAUUGGCAUGGUUAGAGCCCGGCCUGUUAAGGUGGAGGGCUUCCAGGAAUUGAUGGGUUCCCCUUCUUCAACAAAGCUUGAUUCAGAGGAAAAUAGACUGACUUCGCCCAGUAGUAAAUAGUUUUUCUAGUAUUUUGGUCAGCCAAUUUGUGCAUCAUUUCAAGCCCUUUAAAUCUGGUAUGAUCCUUGUCAAAUUUGUGAGGCCCCUUCUGGUACUGUAGUAGACCACACAUAGUGCAUUAUUGCAAAGUUAACCAUGUUGGAUCUAACAUAUAUUUUUUGAAGUAAUCACUCCCUUAAUGUACUAACUUCUUCUAGGGACAUUGUAUGUAAAAUUAAAAUUAGAUCUACUUUUGUUGGCAUGUAGUUGUUUAAUGUUUCUGAUCACAUGACAGCUACGUAAAUUGGAAGGGAAGUUUUUACUUUUCUUCA